CGCUCGCCCGCGACGCGCUGCAACGAUGCGUCUGCGCCUCACGAUCCAGCGCAACGGCCUGCCCGCCGCCCACAUCCUCUGGGCGGUCCCCGACACCAACAGCGCCGCCGCCUACACCGUCGCCCGCCUGCUGGAGGACGUCAGUCUCGUCGUGCCGCUCGAGGCAGACCACUGGGGGCUCGAGCACUAUGUCGCCGAGGUGGGCGGGUUCGAGUGUCUGCACUUCAUGCCCGUGGCGCAGUGUCUGAACGCAGACGACCAUGUCUCCAUAAGGCCGCUCAUGCGCGCCGAGGUGCGCGCCCGGACGCUCACGGGGCGCCACCAGAUCAGCGACGGCGGCCAGCACCUCGUAGACGGCGUGCCGUUUGGCCGUCCGUAUCUGCGGCAGCCGAGCCGGCCGCCAGUCAGGAUCCCGCCGCCUGCAGUCAGGGUCCCGUCGUCUGCAGUCAGGGUCUCGUCGUCUGCAGUCAGGGUCCCGCCGCGGAAGCGCCAGAGGCUCGAGGAGAUUACAGACGAAGACGGCGACCAGCUGUUGCUGGAGACCCAAGAGGGAGCAGACGAGGUCAGGGCUGCCACGGACGCCAGCAGGAGCAGACCAAGCGGAGCAGACAAGACCGUGCACUUUCAGCAGCCAGAAGUCGACAUGGAUCUGGACAACGACGACGACGACGACGACGACGACGACGACGACUUUGCGCCGGGCAACGAGAGCGACCAUGAUGUGGGCGGUUACGACGGCGCGGACGGCUCCGACGGUGCGGACUCGGACGCAGACUCUUCAGAUGCUUCAGACACCUCUGACUCGGGCUCGGACUCGGAUGCAGACUCAUCAGAUGCUUCAGACACCUCUGACUCGGACUCGGACUCGUCUGGCUCAGACUCAACUUCAGACGACUCCUCGAGCGACUCGGACAGCAGCAGCGACAGCGACGCCGAACCCGAGGUGCGGUCGUGGAAGAAAGCCGUACCAAAGGCCACCGUCCCUCCGGAGCUGACCAACGCGAAUCCGUCUCCGCCUGGCGAGGGCAAGAGAGAAACAAAAUCACGCAACGCGCGUCGGACCAGGACAAACCGCCUCAACCACCUCAAAAAGGCCGGGAAGCUGGACAAGGACGCAGACCUAAAGGACCUGGAACGCUACGAGGAGGAAACAAGGCAGCAGCCCAACGGCGAGCAGCCAGGGCCAGCACAUCCAUUCGCACGAUCCGCCAGCAAGAGGAAGCGCCUUGAGACGGAAGAACACGGCCAAGCUGCCGCAGGAGAACACGGCCAAGCUGCCUCAGGAGAACACGGCCAAGCUGCCGCAGGAGAACACGGCCAAGCUGCCGCAGAUGAAGCGGCAGCGCUCGAGAAGCGGAAGCGGGAGAUGAUUGCCAAGUUCGGCCAGGACUCAAAUGUCACAAUGGAAGAGCAGCCGGCGCCGCCGCACUCGAACGAGCCGAAUACAACACCCGACAAGACCGCCGAGCGCAAGCGGCUGCGGCCCAACGUCUCAGCCAUCGGCCGCAUGCUCGCACGGCAGACCAAGAACCUCGUAAAGAAGCCAGUCAGAGUGAAAGAGCCCACCCCAGACCCGCAAGGCUCGACCGAUCCCGAAUUCUGGAAGUCGCGCAUCAACCUCUCGGCGUUCGAGUGCUGGGAAGAAGAGUAUGAGCUGACAGCGCCGCCCUUCCCAUUCAAGCAACACUGGGACCCCAUGGGCCAAGUGAUGCGCGAUGCCGCAAAGGCGCGAAAAGGCAAGGGCCGCAAGGGCCGCAAGAAGGCGGCAGCAGAAGAGCCACCAGAAGAGAACCAAGAAGAUCCGGGAGAAAGGGUCUUUCUCGACUACGACGACGGCCCAGACGCGAAUCCCGACGUCCAGAUCCAUGCUGCCAUCGAAGACCAGCUGCAACAAGACAUUGCCACCGCCUCGCAAGAACAACCCGAACAUCCCAAACAACCCGAACAUCCCAAACAUCCCAAACAUCCCAAACAACCCGAACAACCCGAACAACCCGAACAACCCGAACAUCCCGAACAUCCCGAACAUGACCUACCCCUCCUGCCCGAACAUGACCUACCCCCCCUGCCCGAACAUGACCUACCCCCCCUGCCCAAGGACCUGAGCACACUCCCCGCCCUGACGCCUGCGGACAUCAAGCCCGGCGCGCUCAUCGUGUGCAAGUUCUUCGGCAUCAAUCCUGUGACCAUCACGCCAGAAAUCAGCGGCUUCAAGACGGCAGUCGUGGAGACUGAAGGCGACUCCGGUGCGGGCGCGGGCACAAUCAGACUCAGAAUCGCAGCGCGCGACUUGCCGCAGACGGAGAAGAAGUUCAACAGCAAGGGCGAGAGAAUCUACGAUGCCAAAGACGGUUUCUUCAUGGAAGAGGAAGACGACGAGGGGCUGUGGAGCGGCGUGUUUGGCGAGCUGUUGGAGGGAAAGGUGCUGCGGGCUGCGUAGGCACUAAAGUCCAUGUCAGUGUCGAUUGCUGACGAAAACCCCGGAUGGAGUGCCAGACUAUCGUUCUGAUGCUGUACUCAUGUAUUGGUGCGAUACUCAUGUAUUAAUGCGAUACCCAUGUAUCAAUGCGAUACCCAUGUAUCAAUGCGAUACUCUUGUAUUUAAUGCCAUGCUCAUGUAUUAAUGC